GUGCUGCGCGGUGACGUCAGGAGGGCGGGAAGGCGGAGGAGGAGGAGGAGCCAAGAUGGCGGCGAUGGCGGCGCUGGGCCGGAGGCUGCGGGCGCUGGGCCGGGGGGUCCGGGGCCUGCAGAGCCCGGCGGGGCCCCCCCGUUACGAGGAGUCCGCGGCCGAGUUCGGGUUCGUGCAGCGGCUGCUGCCCCCCAGCCGCGUGCCCGAGCCCCCCCCGCACCCCAAAUACCCGACCCCGUCCGGCUGGAGCCCCCCCGCAGGGCCCCCCCCGGAGCUGCCCUACUCGGUGCGGCGCUCGCGGCUGCACAACCUGCCCGUGUACCUGGGGCUGCGGCAGGGCCGGCGCCUCACGGAGCUGCGCCGCAUCCACGGCGACAUCUGGGCGCUGCAGCGGGACCUGAGGGCGUUCCUGGCCUCGCUGGGGGUCCCCGAGGUGCCGGCGCAGGUGAACGAGGUGACGGGGACGCUGCGGCUCGGGGGGCACUGGGGGCCCCAGGUGCGGCAGUGGCUGCUGCAGAGGGGCUUCUAGGGACCCCAAACCUGCUGGGGGGACCCCCAAAUCUGCCUGGGGAACCCCAAAUCUGCCGGGGGAACCCCAAAUCUGCCGGGGGAACCCGAAAUCUGCCGGGGGAACCCGAAGUCUGCAAGGGAUCUGCUGUGGAUACACCUGGAGCAUCCCGGAAUGGACCCUGGGCAGUGCAGCAGCUCCUGGGGGCACCUCCAGACCCACCUGGAGCACCCCAAAAUCUGUUUGGGGCACCUCCAGAUCCACUUGGGCACCUCCAGAUCCACCUGGAGCACCCCAAAAUCUGUUUGGGGCACUUCCAGAUCCAC